AUGCAAGAAUGUGGUGAGAGAUUCAAGGAUCAAGAUUUGGUAAAAAAGGUGAUGAGAACUCUAACCCCUAGAUUUGAUGGGAGAUUUGUUGUUAUCGAAGAGGCAAGGGACCUGUCUGAGAUGAAAAUCGAGCAGCUACAAGCCUCUCUAGAAGCUCAUGAGCUGAAGAUGAAUGAGAGGAGCCCAGCAAGAUUGCAAGAUCAGGCCUUAAAAGGAGAAUCUGGUUCAAGUAAUAAGGCUGAAAAAGGAAGGUUUGACAAGAGCAAGAUCAGAUGCUACAAUUGUCAAGGCUGGGGUCACUUUGCAAAUAAAUAUGGAAGUGCAGAUGUAAGAGAAAAGAAGAAAAAAUAUAGCAAAAAUGAGGCUCAUAUGGCACAAGCAAAGCAACAAAAUGAAAGUGAAAGUGGUUCAGAUGUGGAAGCAGUUGUGUUGAUGACAACCAUAUGCAAUUUCAGUAGCAAUGUGGAUCCAGAAACAUGGUAUUUGGACACUGGAUGUUUAAAUCACAUGACCUACAAUCUAAAUUGGCUUGUGAAUCUUGAUAACAGCAGGAGGUGCACCAUAAAAUUUGCAGAUAACAGUACUGUGAAGAGCAUGAGAGUUGGAAAUGUUGCUUUCAGAAUGAGUGAUGGAAGUCUAGCAAUAAUAGAAGAAGUGAUGUAUGUGCCAGAUAUGAGGUGUAAUCUGAUGAGUUUGGGUCAGCUUAUUUAA